UCGCCUGGAGCAGGGGGGCCGCGGCGGGCGCGGGCGAUGCUGUGCUUGGCGGCACCCCGGCCGUGACACCGCCCGCGAGUCAAAAAUGAGGUGCAGGGAGGGGACGGGACGGGCAGAGCGGAGGGAGUGCAGCAGCAGCAGCAGCAGCAGCAGCGGCGGCGUCGUCGUCGUCGUCGUCGUCUUUAGUUUCGUGGUCAUCGCAUGUAGAAGGCUUCUGUCCCAUUCAGGGUGCAGGGAGAGCCGGAGUUGUUCAGCCUGGAGAAGGAAAGGCUGCGGGGAGACCUUAUGGCAGUCUUCAGUAUCUAAAGGGGGCCUACAAGAAAUCUGGAGAGGGAUUUUUUACAAGGGCGCAUAGGAUAAGGAGUAAUGGCUUUAAAUUGAAGGGGGAUGUAUUAGAUAUUAGGAAGAAAUUCCUCUCUGUGAGGGUGCUGAGGCGCUGGCACAGGGUGCCCAAGGAAGCUGUGGCUGCCCCAUCCCUGGCAGUGUUCAAGGCCAGGCUGGACGGGGCUUUGAGCAACCUGGUCUAGUGGAAGGUGUCCCUGCCCAUGGCAGGGGGUUGGAACUGAAUGAUCUUGAGGUCCUUUCCAACCCAAACCAUUCUAUCUGUGAUUUACAUUCACUUACUACAGCUGAGUUUAGAUUUCUACUGUGCAUAAUUUUAUUCCUGUGGUUCAGGACACAGUAACGUGGGAUGUGCUGCAUGCAAUUGAAACUUUACUCUGUAGGAAGAGUUACUAAUUUCCUCGGAUUUUUUUUUGUUUGUUUGUUUGUGACAACGCCUGCGUUAGUAUCUCCACGCUUUAUAAACACAGAUUAAUUUUCACAGCAUCCUUCUGAGUACAAGUUCAGAGACCUGACCAUAGAAGAACUGAAGAAUGUUAAUAAGACCUACCCAAACUUCACAUUCUCCAUGAACACAUACACCUUCAAGGAUGGAUCGCAGAAGGACCUCCUGAAUUUUAGUGGUACUGUUCCAGUGAAAUAUGGUAAUUCAUAUAAUAUACCUAUUCGUCUGUGGAUUCUGGAUUCUCAUCCCUUUGCUCCCCCCAUUUGCUUCUUGAAGCCAACGGUGAACAUGGGCAUUUCAGUAGGAAAGCAUGUUGAUGCUCAUGGCAGGAUUUAUUUGCCCUACCUGCAAAACUGGAGCCAUCCUAAAUCAACUGUCAUUGGAUUAAUCAGGGAAAUGAUUGCAAAAUUUGAGGAAGAGCUCCCUUUGUAUUCACUGUCAUCUUCCGAUGCAGCCAGGCAAUCGGAACUUCUUUCCUAUAUUGCAAAGAUUACUGCAGGAGAGACUGACUUGAAAUCAAAGAGUAAAAUUGGUGGAAGCAAAAAUGAAGGAUGUAUUAACAAAAUUACUAUUGUUGGAGCUGGAGAUCUUGGCAUUGCAUGUGUGCUAGCAGUUGCAGCAAAGGGUACUGCAGACAAGGUGGUUCUUUUGGAUCUUUCUGAAGGUGCAGCAAAAGGAGGAACCAUGGACUUGGACAUCUUUGCUUUGCCGAACGUGGAGAUCAGCAAAGAUUUUUCUGCUUUGGCUGAUUCAAAAGUUGUGGUACUUACAGUUAAUUCUCUGGGUAAUGCUCAAACUUAUCUUGAUGUCAUACAAAGCAAUGUGGAUUUGUUCAGAGGAAUUAUCCCAGCAAUAUCACACUACAGUCAGAACACUGUUCUCCUUGUUGCUUCUCAUCCAGCUUUGAGCAGGACACUCUUUGAGGGUUUUUUCUUUACUGUUACCAAGAUAAAAGAAAAUAGUGUACUUGGUAUAAAAGUUGAAGUAAUGACAUAUGUGUCAUGGAAGCUGAGUGGGUUUCCCAAAAGCAGAGUUAUUGGAGUAGGUGCCAACCUAGAUACUGAGAGAUUUCGGAAUAUACUGGCAAACCUUUUGAAAGCACAGGUGCUGGCAAAAGAUGCUUGGAUCAUUGGUGAACAAGGGGAAGACAAAGUGCCAGCGUGGACGAGUUGUAAUUCAGUUGCAACUCAAACAGAAGGAAUGGCUGCUCAUAACUCAAGGGAAACGGUGGCUAACAGAGCUAUGGAAGUUCUAAAGGGAAAAGGUCAGAGAUCUUGGUCCGUUGGGCUCUCAGUUGCUGAUUUGGCUGACAGUAUACUGAAAGAUAAAAGAAAGGUUCAUUCUGUAUCCACUCUGGCAAAGGGAUGCUGCGAUAUAAACAGUGAAGUAUUCUUAAGUCUGCCAUGUGUUCUUGGAACCAACGGAGUGAUUGAAAUGGUCAAAUUAGAAGAAGAUCCACUAGUGCAAGAGAAACUGCAGAGCAGUGCAGGAUCAAUUCAUGACCUUCAGCAGCAACUGCAACUGUAAGCAAGCGCAAGGGAAGCCACAGUGUCUGCUUGCAGAAGUCAGGGAUUUGCUAGGUGGAAAGGGUUGCUUGGUAUAUAUGGAUUUCUAUGUAAAACAAGGUGGUUUGGUUUUUUUUACUUUACUGUCAAAAAGUGCUUUCUCACUUUUGUUUUAAAUUAUUUAAUACUGCAAUAGUAAUUGCUUACUUGAUAAGUGCACUUUUGGUAGCCAAAAUGAGGAGGGUAAUGCGGAAAAAUGUUUUACCUAAAUUCAGGUGACUUCUGCCUGUGUUUUGUUGUUGCUAAUUAUAGCCUGGUUCUUAGGUUAUUCUUAGCUGUUUGCACCUUAUUAGGAGACAGCCUAGGAGUGGGGCUUACCCAGCUCUGCAGAAACUCCAGUGUGCAGAGCCCGCCAGAAUUCUUCCUCCUGGUAUUUAAGUGCUUCACUGGGGGCUUGUUUAGAACAUGGUCAUACUCCAGGUCUUCAGGGCACUUGGAGAUGCAGUGUGAUAGCUCGACCUUCCAUGCCUAUUGCCGAUGCUCUUAUGUGGACUCCUGCUUGCUACUAAGGGAUAAAAAGGUAAAAGCAUGACAUCAACAAUAUCCUUCACACCUGAAGUAUUGGAUAUGAAUUUCUGUGUAAUGAUUUCUGAGACUUUCUGGUCAUGAUUUGUUUGCUCUUAUUUUGGGAGGAAGUUCAGAGCACUAAAGCAUCUGCAGUUCUUGGUACAUACAUGCAACACGCUUACCCUGUGCAGCACUGGAACAGGUGCUCUUCCUGAGCAGGAGGAACAGGGGGUGGGCUUCAAAUAAAGAAUAAAAUCUGGCAAUGAAGUAAUGCAGAAGUAUCUGUUCAGGCCUUCGUCCUAAGCCAGCUGAUGUCAGUAAGCUUUACAUCAGCCGAAGGAGAAUACAGCUGCUUGAAAUGGGAACAGAACCUGUAACCUUUCUCAGGGGAAGCCAAGUAUGAGGUGAAAAAGCAGGAUGUGGACUUUUAGGUAAAUCAAAGAGCAGAUGUUUUUCAGAUGAAGGGUUUAUUGGGCUCUAACCUCUUGAUUUGCUGCACUGGUAAAAUACUGUAUUCAUGCUGAUCAUACCUCAGUACCACGCUGCAGGCAGAGGAGGCAUGUGAGCUCCGCUCCUGCUGUGGGCAGCGUAGGAACGUCAUUCCACAUUUGCAUCUUGAGCAGUGACUGGUUAAAUACUGAUGAAGCUUUCUAAGCUAAAGUAGUAUCUGUGUCAGUGAGAGAUCUAUUCCUUUGUGCCUUCCAGUUGUGUCUCACAAAGAGCCAGCCUUACAAGGAAUUCUGAGUUAUAUUGAUCUCUGAAUUAAGAUAAAAAUAUAAAGGGGGGGAAAAAAAAAACCAAACCUUAAAUAAUUCCAAUUUUUUUCUUCUAAUACUCAAAUUUCCUCUUUGUGGUGGUCUCUGAUAGGACAAAAUUAGUGAUGGCUACAGGUGAUGAACUUGUUGCUGUAUUAUAUCCCAAUGCAAUAGCUGGACUUUGGGGGUUGUUUUUAAAUCUCUUCAGAAAAAGCAGCAUAAAAUCAUGUGCUUAUACUGUU